AAUUAAUUAUUUUUUCGUCAGAGUAAAAACAUCUAUAUAUUCUCUGGGAAAAAGUCUAAAGUUUUGUUCUAAUGCACCAAGACUUGACAAAGUGAGGAACACUUUUUUAAAAAGCAACUGAUAAGCAAUCACCAUAGUUUCAAAAUCAGGAAUAAUUCAACUAGUACUCUCAGGGAUUAUUUCAAAUUCCGCCUGGUGGAUUACCCAAAAAAGGACUUUUUCUCUCUUACGAAUUUAAAAGAACAGACUCGCUUCUUCGGAAAUCAUUUUGAUCUUAAUUUUACAAAAUGCCUUACGCUACCGACAAGCUUCCAUUCUCAUCCAGCUAUAAUUUGCAGACGAGAGUGGCGGCUAGCCAAAGACUGACGAACCGUUUUAAUUUAAAAACUCUGACCGUGACACUUUGUGACCUAAAAUAUGAAAGUAUAUGCAAUUAUUCCAAAAUCCUGGGGAAGCAAAUACUUGAUGAUGCCCCCAUAUCUCCCGCUUCGACGAUACCAUACGCUCAGGAUUCACCCAAAAUAAUGGAGUUGGAUGAGGGUACAUCUGACGUCCAGCUCCAGAGGGGGGAUCAGGAACCGUCACCUUGGCUGGUGUGCUCGCCCAAACAGUAUUGGAUGCGGCAAUUUUUCCUGGAAAAUCGUUCUCCAACGCUGUCUUGUGAGAGUACACCUACUACAUUGGCCCGGGGAAGCGCUGGCUCAAGAGCAAUUCAUAGAGUUCCAGUUGAAAUCUGGGCUCGUGAAUUGCAUAAAAAGCUCCGGCUAGCUAAUAAAAACAUCAAUGCUCCCGCUAAUAAAAAG